AAUCAUGAUGUGAGGAAUCCACCCGCCGAGACCUUGGAGAUUCCUGUCCGUUAACAUUCCCGGAAAUCCUCACACGAUUUAAAAUCCAUAAUUCUGUAUUUUAUAAUCAUUUGGAAUGACAGGUUCGGUAAAAAUACGUUUCGACUCUUUUUACUAACAGAAUUACAAAAUGGUUUCCACGAAUAAGAUAAUUGGCGCCCCGGAAAUGUACGAUUUGGGCCCUUGCCUCGACCGAUACGAGCCCACGCCGGCCGCCUGUCGGUGUCACUAUCGUCCAGCCGUGGGGCAAGUGCCUUCACCGAACAUCCGAGCGCCGAUCAAGAAUUCACGAAGGAAAAUAAUUAAGAAAAUGAAUGGAGAACUGAAUGAGAAUUGUCUCACGGAUAAGCAGCGUUGGUUUCUGAUCAAUCAAAGUAUUAUCUUUGCUCUGGGCAAGAUCCUCGGACGACCGGCAGACGUGGUCUCUGAGUUUCUGUACUCCCUGACGCUGCAGAACUUUAGCAAGGUCCUCAAUCCGGUGGGGCAUCCCUGGAGUACGUGUCACGUGCCGCUGUCGAACUAUGACACGUGCGAUUACUACAUGGGGAUAUUCGAUAGCCAGGGGAACCUAAGGAACCCCUACCAUCCCGAGUCGCUCAAAAAACUCAUCCAAGUAAUGCAAUCCGUAUUGAGAGAACGACCAGAUGCGGAUAAUGGGGCACACGACGCGCUCUUUGGAGACGUAAUCAUGAGACGAAGACGUGGGAAAAACAGGGCAAAACGCGCCGGCAUCGGUCCGGAGAGUGCUGCCCAGGACAGGGGCCAGCGGAGGAUCCAGGAAUCGAAUGAAAGAGCCCAGGAGAUGGCCCGAAAUCUCAACAGAAUUGGCACACAUUGCGAUUGGCAUGAACACCGGGAGCGCAAGCCCCCAGAGUACGGAAUUCCCUGCUUUGGAACACCCUUUGGCCCCCCAAAUGCCUUUGGACCAGGCGCUGGGAUCCUAACGCCCGACAGGGGCGACCCUUUUGGACUAAAGGGCUCGCUGUGGGGCAGAGGAGGACUCAACGGAGGCGCCUUUGGGGCCGGAAGAAGGCUGUCCGAAUCUUUUAGUAUCUCCUUCGAUGAAACUCUUUUCAAGGGACCCGACGGCCAGGUGUUACAAGCCGAUCAGGAUGGUAGCGGAAGAGGAUUUAGUAGGGACAGAAGACCAGGAUCCUCUCCUCGCGGCAAAGAGCUUUCCUCUCUGAUCGAUGGCGUGAAUAAAAAGACAAAGCUCACCAAGGACCUGGACACUCUGAUAGAUGCAGUGACAGGUCUCGACGUGGAUCCGAAACAACAGAAAGAUAUUACCAAAAGCAAGCACCUCCAGCGUCGCUUAUCGGAUGAGUAUAACGAGAUUACGAAUCCAUCAAACAAGGACCUCAACCAGGACCUCGAGAAGGGAAAGGCUAAGGGAAGCAAGAAAGAGGGCAAAGAUAAAGCCAACGGCCAGCAGAAGAAUGGAAAAGGAAAACAGAAGGAGGGAAAACUGGAUGGCUUCUCCAAAGAGGGAAAAGAUGCAGCCGAUGGUUACUCGAAGGAUGGAAAAGGGGCAGCCGAUGGUUACUCCAAGGAUGGAAAAGGUGCAGCCGAUGGUUACUCGAAGGAUGGAAAAGGUAAAACCGAUGGCUACUCCAAGGAUGGAAAAGUUAAAACCGAUGGCUACUCGAAGGAUGGAAAAGGUAAAGCCGAUGCUUACCAGAAAGAUGGAAAAGGAGCAACCGGUGGCUACCAGAAAGAUGGAAAAGGCCCAGCCGAUGCUAGCCAGAAAGAAGGAAAAGGAGCAACCGGUGCCUACCAGAAAGAUGGUAAAGGUGCAGCCGAUGGCUCCCAGAAAGAAGGAAAAGAUGAGUAUAACGAUAUUACGAAUCCAUCGAACAAGGACAAGGAUAACCUUCCAAAAGGGGAGAAAGGUGACAGAGGUCAAGCAAAAGGACGGCAGAAAUACGGCAGUCAGGAUAAGAGUAAAUCGGCUAAAGAUAAAGCCAUUGCCAAAGGGGAAUUCGGUAAUCCGGCGUACCCCGAACAAACGGACAAAAACGUAGAUAAAGUGCAAACGAAAGCCCACUUUUCAUCUGAAAUUAGAACAUCUGAGAGCAAAUCCAUUGGCCAUCAGAGAAAUUCACAGGACUACAAACGGAAAACCCCAUGGCCCGACAGCGAUAAUUUGGACGAAUACUCUUCGUCUGAUUUUAAGGAAAAAGUUAAAGCGAAAAAACCAAAGACCGAUGAAGGAGGUGCCACAAAGUCCAGUAAAGCUGCCACAAAGGCCAAAGAGGCGGCCGCAAAGAUGCCACAAAUUAUCAAGAAAAAACCAGGAAAAUCCGGCAAAAGAUAUUACUACGGAGAACCAAUACCCGUCCUUGUUCACGAACCCUUUGACAAAAGCAAAUCCUGGACAUGGCUGAGGCGCCACCCGAAGCCGAAAAGACUCGGUCCCGGUGGCAAUGUCGCCACAUCCGGCAACAUCCAUCGCUACCGCCGCAGUUCCGUGGAGAAGCAGAUGGCCGCCGCCAAGGCCCGGGUCUCCGUGCACUCGACGUAUUCCACUUACAGCGACACGUCGUACGGUACCCUGCCAAUGUUCGGGACGAGUGUCUCCAAUAGGAGCUCGAAUGCCAAACAGAAACUUAAAGGACAUUCGAAAUGAAAGAAGUCCGCCUUAGAUUUGCAGAGAAUAUUGAUAUUUUUGACACGAUUGUUGACCAUUUUGUACAUCUGUCAGUGAAACAUAUAAAAAUUAUUAAAUUAA